AUCCGUUGCGUCCACUGUCUGCCAUUUUGUUGUAGAGAUCAGUGUUCCCAUCGCAGCCCACGUUGUCCUGUAGAUGAAUAAUACGACGCUAUUAUAGCGGAUUUUAAUUAAACUCGCGGCACGAUGCUUUCUGCAGCCCAGUUACUCGAUGAGUUAAUGGGCCGGGAUCGGAACUUGGCUCCGGAUGAGAAGCGUUGUAAUGUGCGCUGGGAUCACGAGACUGUCUGCAAGUAUUACCUGUGUGGCUUUUGUCCUGCAGAACUCUUUACAAAUACACGAUCAGACUUGGGUCCUUGUGAAAAAAUCCAUGAUGAAAACUUGAGGAAAAUGUAUGAGAAGAGUUCACGUUUCAUGAAGGAAGGCUAUGAGAGAGACUUCCUGCGGUACUUGCAGAGUCUCCUUGCUGAGGUGGAGCGCAGGAUUCGGAGGGGCCAUGCACGCUUGGCACUGUCACAAGCCCAGCAGAACUCUGGAACGCCAGGUCCAUCGGGGAAGAAUGAGGAGAAGGCCCAGGUCCUUACGGAGAAGAUUGAAGAGCUUGUUGUUCAGAUUGAGGAGUUGGGCUCAGAGGGACGCGUUGAGGAGGCACAGGGUAUGAUGAAACUGGUGGAGCAGCUGAAGGAGGAGCGCGAGCAGCUCAGUUCCACACCUUCAACAAUCGAGAGCUUUGCGGCUCAGGAGAAGCAGAUGGAAGUUUGUGAAGUGUGUGGUGCUUUCCUCAUAGUUGGUGAUGCUCAGUCCAGAGUGGAUGAUCAUUUAAUGGGCAAGCAGCAUAUGGGAUAUGCCAAAAUUAAAGCCACUGUAGAGGAACUUAAGGAGAAACUCCACCGACGCUCGGAAGACCCAGAGAAGGAUGAACGAGGAAAGAAAGAAAAGGAGGACCGGGAGCGUGAAAGAGAGGAACGUGAGAAAAAACGCAAAGAAGAGGAAGAGAAGGAAAAAGAGCGUGAGAAGGAGCGGGAGAGGGAGCGCGAGAAAGAAAGGGAACGCGAGCGGGAAAAAGAUCGUGAGAGGGAACGGGAACGAGAUAGACGCGGUAGACGGAGUCACUCCAACAGCAGACACUCCAGUAGAGCAUCAGACCGCCGCAGAAGCCGCUCACGGGACAGGAAGAGGUCCAGGAGUAAAGAUCGCGACAGAAAACGCAGCAGGAGCCGUGACCGAGAAAGGAGACGCAGUCGGGACCGCUCGGACAGGAAGCGACGUUCUCGCAGCCGAGAGAGGAGGAGGUCUCGCAGCUCAGAGCGUAAGAGUCACCGGCAUCGCAGCCGCAGCAGGGACAAAGACAGAGAAAGAGGGGAUAAAGACAGAGAAAGAGGGGACAAAGACAGAGAAAGAGGAGACAAAGACAAGGACAAAACCUCUAAAGACAAAGAGCACAGGGACUCUUCUGAUGAGAAAAAGAGCAGCGGAAAGGGCUCGGCUGAGACGACCAAUCAGCUCGCCAAGCCCGAGCCCGUCGAGGCUGAGCCUCCCAAAGCAGAAGUGAACGGCACCGCCGAUGAGCUUCAAUGUGAAGGUGACACACAGUCCAAUUAAAACUGAUCUGAUAGGACCUCAGAUCAGCUCCAGGGGGAGUUGGACAGCUGGAAGAGAAAACCUGAAGAUCUUCAUCCUGCAACACAACACGGCUGCUUUAAACAAGGUGAACCACAGAUGUAGUGGUCUAUUAUGAUCGAAUUAUAAAGAUACAUGUACAAAUGUAAAAUGGUUCUGUAUCCCAUUUUCAACGUUUCCAUAGGAGCUUUCCUGUUCUUUUUAACAUGUUUGUUUGGGUUUUUUUGUUUUUUGGUCUUAUUGCUACAAAUGUGCAUAGAUACAGGUCCACAAUUAUUUCUGUUAGUAUGCAUUCAAAAUGAAUAAAGCACAUUGUGGCAUGUUUGCUCUGUACAGUCUGCUCAUACAUUUAAAUUGAAGAUCGGUUUUGUGCAGUAUUUUGACUGGCAGCCUUAAGCGUCUCUUAACUGCUUCUUAUUCCCCUCUGUAAUGCUGAAUCCCAAAUCUUUCUACAAUUUUAGUUUAGAGAAAUGAUUUUCGUUUUGUUCCAGUUUUAAAAUCUGUAUUUGUCUUGAAUAAAAGAAAAACCCUU